AUGCGUACUGAAGCUGCCUGUCUCAUCUCCUUCAUCCUGGUCCGUGUCCAUCUGCGCAUACUCUCUUCCCCUUCUCCCUCUUGCUUUGCUUUUGAUUCGGGAAGCGACAAGGAAUUUUGUCGUGUUGGUCGUCGUUUAAUAUAUGCGCAACGCGAUCCAUACGAUGAGAACACCUGCCACCGCGCUGCUGGCAGCGUCGUUGGCAUUGUUCGCACCGCGACCUGUCGCUGCCCAGAGCGUGACAGAUCUCCUGUCGGCGACCCCAGAAUGCGCUCCAGCGCAAGUUGUAGCCUUACAUCAGUCAAAGUGGCAAGCGAUUGCAUAUGUCCCAACCAGACACUGCAAGCCGAUCUUUCAGCAUGUGUUCAGCUCGCCUGUCCUUUCGCCGACCAGGCCACGGCAACAACGUUGCUCGGAGGCCUUUGUGCCGGCUAUCCCGUCGAAUCGAGAAGCACGGAAGUCAAGGUCGCCAUCAUUGCUUGUCUCGUCUUGACUCUCUUCAUCGUUGUCAUGCGAUGUGUCGCCCGCCUGACCGUGUCGAAUCGUCUUUGGUGGGAUGACUGGAUCACGAUCCUUGCGACGGCCUUCUUUAUUGGACUGUGUUCAGUCCAGUUUGCCAGCGCCAAUCUGGGAUUUGGAAAGCAUUACUGGACCGUCAAUGCCGAAAAUGCGCCGGCUAUCUUUCAGCUCUUCUACUCAUCCCAAAUUCUCUACGUCCUUGUCCAAGUCACCGCAAAGGUCGCCAUCCUCGUUCUCUUCGGCCGUAUCUUCCCCGCAACCUGGCUCCAACGCGCCAUCAUUGUAUUCGGCGUGCUCCUCGUUGCCCACGGGUUGAUCUACAUGCUUCUCGUCAUCCUACAAUGCUUGCCUGUCCACUCCAUUUGGGACAGAUCGGUCCAGGCAAAGUGCGUGAAUAUUACAGCCAUGACGUUCUCUGGCGCCAUCCUCAGCAUCAUUGAGGAUAUCGUCAUCUUCGCCCUGCCGAUCAAGGAGGUCUUCCAGUUGCGUCUGACGAUGCAGAAGCGCAUAGCGCUCGUCCUCAUGUUCAGCGUGGGCUCUUUCGCUUGUGUGACAAGCAUGGUCCGAUUAAAGUACAUUGUCACUUUCGCUGAUUCCCUUGAUGCAACCUGGGACAAUGUGGACCCCGUCAACUGGUCCGUCAUUGAAGUCGCGUGCGCCAUCAUCUGCGGCAGCCUCCCGACCCUCCGUCCACUCUUCCGAAAGGUCCCCGGUCUCCUCACAUCCCUCAAAUCCCGCGAUGGAGCCAAGACUCUCAGCACACCUCGCCAUGCCGACCAGCCGCCCAGCAUACCUCCCAAGGACGCACAGCUCUACCCCUCAGCAGGGCCCUUUGAGAAACUACAGAACCCUUCUCGUUUCGAGGGCGCCACCUGGAGAGUAACUAGUGCACCGCGGUCGGGCCAGGGGAACGAGACCAUGAGCUCGCCGUCGGUGAAUAGCCGAUUGGAGUAUGAGUUGCAAGAAUGGACCACAGAGGAGAAGGGACAAAAGGUGCGGGCAGCUGUGUAA